AGAAAGGCGGGGCGCGGGCGGGGAUGCUUUGCGACUCCCCCGCCUCUCGGAUCCCCUCCUCUGCGGCCCAAAUCCGGAGGAUGGGGAAAGGGGGAAAAGAGGGUGUAGAUGGGAGAGGGGAUUGGGCAGGAAAGAGCCAGAGUCGGGAGAAGGACGGGAUACGUGUACGCUAGUGUGUGCGCGUGUGUGUGUGUGUGCGCGCGCGCAUAUGUGUGUGAGCUCCUUGUGCAGGCUGCACCAUUGUUAGUUGUUUCUGUGUACCUGCGAGCGCGUGCUUGUUUGUCCCUUGGAGUAAGUGGUUAGUUCUGCGCCCGCAGGGUGAACAGGUACGUGCCAGCUGGGUUUGGAUCUUUGGGCUUGGCCAUUUCCUUCCUUGCCGUCAACCGCUGUGGGUCGGUCUACUUGUGUGUUAGCGUGCAUGGUUUAUUUUUGUUUCUGGGGAGUAAUUUCAUGGAGGAGUUACUAAGCUUGCCUGCUCUCACCUGGCUACUAACAUCGAGGCCCGCCCCCUUCUCUCGGCAGCCUGGGGCCCACACAGGGGCCACCAUGGCGCUGCUUCCCGGGCCAGCAACCCUCCCGCACACACUGCUGCUCCUGCCAGCCCUUCUGAGCCCAGGUUGGGGGGAGUUGGCGCCACAAAUUGAUGGUCAGACCUGGGCUGAGCGGGCACUUCGAGAGAAUGAACGCCAUGCCUUCACCUGCCGGGUGGCAGGGGGGCCUGGCACCCCCCGAUUGGCCUGGUACCUGGAUGGACAGCUACAGGAGGCCAGCUCCUCGAGACUACUGAGCGUGGGUGGGAAGGCCUUCUCCGGAGGCACCAGCACUUUCACUGUCACUGCCCAGAGGGCUCAGCAUGAGCUCAACUGCUCCCUGCAGGACCCAAGCAGUGGCCGGUCAGCCAACGCUUCCGUCAUCCUCAAUGUACAAUUUAAGCCGGAGAUUGCCCAGGUUGGGGCCAAGUACCAAGAAGCUCAGGGCCCAGGCCUCCUGGUCGUACUUUUUGCCCUGGUGCGUGCCAACCCGCCUGCCAAUGUGACCUGGAUCGACCAGGAUGGGCCGGUGACUGUCAACGCCUCUGACUUCCUGGUGCUGGAUGCCCAGAACUACCCCUGGCUCACCAACCACACUGUGCAGCUGCAGCUCCGAAGCCUGCCACACAACCUCUCGGUGGUAGCCACCAAUGAUGUGGGUGUCACCAGUGCCUCGCUUCCAGCCCCGGGGCUCCUGGCCACCCGGGUGGAAGUGCCACUGCUGGGCAUCGUUGUGGCUGGAGGACUUGCCCUGGGCACACUGGUGGGGUUCAGCACCUUGGUGGCCUGCCUGGUCUGCAGGAAAGAGAAGAAGACCAAAGGCCCGUCCCGGCGCCCAUCUCUGAUCUCUAGCGACUCCAACAACCUGAAACUCAACAACGUGCGUCUGCCCCGGGAGAACAUGUCCCUCCCGUCCAACCUGCAGCUCAACGACCUCACUCCGGAUUCCAGAGGGAAGCCAGUGGACCAGCAGACUGCACAGAACAACAGCCGGCCAGAACUGCUGGACCCAGAGCCUGGAGGUCUGCUUACCAGCCGAGGUUUCAUCCGUCUCCCGAUGCUGGGCUACAUUUAUCGGGUGUCCAGUGUGAGCAGUGAUGAGAUCUGGCUCUGAGCUGAGGCUGAGACCAGCUCCUCCUUGGCCCCUGGGCACCCUCCCCAUCCUCCUCCAAGGCAUCCUCUGCCUGGCCACAUUGCCGACGGAAAGAGGCCAUGCCACUGCCACUUUUGCUUGCCCUCUGGAGCACAGGUAUCCUUGGCGAGGCUCUUAGCUGGACCUAAGCCCUUGCCCCAGCUCCCGUUGGGGGCCUGCAUGAUUGCCUGUGCCCAGGCGGACUGAGUGCUUAGUCCAGGUGUGCCUGAGGUCAUUCAGCAUCUAGGUGUGGCCUGGCUCUGCUGGCUUGGGUCUGCUGUGCCCCACACCUCAGCACUUUGUACAGCAGGCAUGGAGCACGCCUGGUUGGGAGGACCCUGCACGUCUUGGAUUUCCUUUCCAUGCUAUGCAGCUUUGUUCCCUCAGGGAGAAUGUAAGACCCUGCUAGCUGUAGAGAACCAGUCCCCAGCUGGGGGCACUGGCCAAGCACACAGCAGUCCCUUCUGCGGCAUACCUCGCUGCCCCCUCGACCCCCGCCUCUUCUUGGGUAUCGAGUUAUGCCUUGGACCCGCUCCACUUCUCCACUGGGGCACUAGACUCCCCACUGACCUGACGCCAGGGGUGCCAGCGCCUGGUGUUAGCACAAGUCAGGAGAAGAGUGGGAGGUGAGAAGUCUGGUGCAUCCAGGACCAUGUGUAGCUAUGCAUUGUUUUCUUAGUGUUAGCACUUUAAGCACAACUCCUGAGGAGGGGGUGAGCAAGGGCUCCAGGGCCCCAUCCGUGACUUUCCCAAGUCUGGCCUUUUCAUGAUUCACUGUGAGUGCCCUGAGCCCCCGGGGUUGAUGGUUUCCCACUCACGAUGUCUCUCCCACCGCUUGGGAUCCCAGCCCUGAGCAGCCCUGGACUGGCCCCUCGGCAGGAAGCUUCCUAUCCCACCCUCAGUUCUUUAGGGGAUGGUCAUAGUGGCUCAUAACUGGACAGUGCCAGAAACCUUAGGGGACAUGGAAAAAGGAGGGAGACCACGUAUCCCAAAACAAGCUAAGAACACUUUUGAAAAGCAACAAGGAAAAGAGUGCAAACCAGUAGAGUGCAAAAUAUAUUUUUCCCUUGUUGAUACCUUGUUUUGUGAUUUUUCUCAUUUUACUGCCUAGGACAGUGCCGAGCACACAAUAGAUUCAAUAAACUUGACUGAGUGAA